AUGCACCGCGGCUUCGAGGAGAUCUCCGACGACGAGUGGUCUAAUCGCACCUUCGAGCCUUCGCGCGUCCUCAAGCACCCCAACCAGCGGCCCUCGCAGCCUCCGCCGCCGAUCGAUUCAUUCGCCUACAACCCCAAGGCUUGCUCCGCCGCUGGCACCAGCACCGCAACUGUCGUCCUCUCGGACGACGACAGCGACUUCGGCCUAGGCGCGGACGGGGGUUCCCGCCGCGCCGCGAAGAGCCAGCGCGUCCUCAAGCGCCCGCAUAACGGGCCCCCUUCGCGGCCUUCUCCGCCAGUUAAAUCGCUCCGCCGCAAUCCCCAACCCUCCAAUGCCGCUGCCGCCUUUGGGGUCUCCGACAGCGAGGACGAUGACUUCGUCCUUACAGACGAUGACUUCGAUCGUCCUACGUCGCCUCUGAGGACGUCAAGCCUUCGCCGCAAAGGGAAGAGCCAACGCCCCCUCAAGGGUCCUCAGCUCAAGCCCCAUUCGCGGGCUCCUCCGCCAGUUAACUCUUUCAGCCAUAAUCCCAAACGGUCCAAAUUCGCCGCUGAUGUGGGGCUUUCCAACAGCGAGGACGACGAAUUCGACCUCACAGAAACGUCAAGCCUCCACCGCAGCGCAAAGAGACAACACGGCCAGAAGCGUUCACAGCACAAGCCCCAUUUGCAGGAUCCUCAGUCCUUUGGCUCGUCUCGCCGCAAUCCGAAACCUUCCAAGGCUGCUGCCACCACAUGGCUAUCUGACAGUGAUGAUGAUGACUUCGACACCACGGACAAUGAGUUUGACCUUCCAGCUUCGCCCUCGAGGACAUCGCGCCCACGCCGCACUACCAGUCGCCGGUUGACGAGUUUUGCCAUUGACAUCUCUGAGGAAGACGAAGAAGACCUUGCUGAUGAUGACUUUGACUACCAAGACCCAAGGCCUCCCCAGCAACGUCCCUCUGGCCGCCGCUUUGUGAUCGGGGACGAUGAUGACAGUGAUGUGCCUGUAGCUGUGGAGGAUGAUGAUGGGGUGAAUUGGUCGGAGCUGGAGAAGGAGGACGAAGAUGAGGGCUACAAUGGGGAGAGAAGUGUAAAUGUGGAGGAGCCCGAGGGAGAUGUGGUGGGAAUGGCAUUGCGCAAGUGUUCACGCAUCUCGUCAGAUCUGCGCAAGGAGCUUUUUGGUUCAUCAGCGCGGGAUUGUGAAAGCUACGCCGAGAUAGACGCUUCCACUUGCCGUAUUGUUACUCAGGAAGACGUAAAUGCUGCAUGCACAAGUGAGAAGUCAGGGCUUGAGCCUGUGCUGAAGCCGUAUCAACUUGUGGGCGUCAAUUUCCUUCUCCUACUGCAUCGGAAAAGCAUUGGCGGAGCAAUUUUGGCUGAUGAAAUGGGUCUUGGGAAGACAGUGCAGGCUGUCACUUAUCUUACUCUAUUACGGCAUCUAUAUAACGACCCAGGACCACAUCUGAUAGUUUGCCCAGCUUCCGUGUUGGAGAAUUGGGAAAGAGAACUCAGGAAGUGGUGCCCUUCGUUUUCUAUCAUCUUGUUUCAUGGAGCUGCAAGGACUACCUACUCAAAGGAAUUAAGCUCCUUAGGCAAGGCUGGCUGUCCAGCUCCAUUUAAUGUCCUCCUUGUUGGCUACUCACUUUUUGAAAGACGGAGUGCUCAGCAAAAGGAUGAUCGUAGGGCCCUCAAAAGAUGGCAAUGGAGCUGUGUUUUGAUGGAUGAAGCGCAUGUUCUGAAAGAUAAGGGUAGCUUCCGAUGGAGAAACCUGAUGGCUGUUGCGCAACAUGCUCGCCAAAGGCUAAUGCUGACAGGAACUCCUCUCCAAAAUGAUUUGCAUGAGCUAUGGUCAUUAUUGGAAUUCAUGAUGCCUGAUAUAUUUGCCAUCGGAGAUGUUGAUCUGAAGAAGCUGCUGAAUGCAGAAGACCGCGAACUAAUUUCACGCAUAAAGUCCAUUUUAGGGCCAUUUAUUCUUAGACGAUUGAAGUCAGAUGUAAUGCAGCAGCUUGUUCCUAAAAUACAACAUGUUAAGUUUGUCGUCUUGGGCACAGAGCAGUCUAAAGCUUACAAAAAUGCCAUAGAUGAAUACCGCGCUGCUUGCCAGGCUCGUAGUGCCAAGUCUUCAGACGACAUUUCCAAUAAUAUUGCUGGAUUGAUUCCAAAGCGUCAAAUAUCGAACUAUUUUACACAGUUUCGCAAGAUUGCGAAUCACCCUUUGCUUAUAAGGCAUAUUUAUAGUGACAAAGAUGUUGAUCGAAUUGCACGGUUGCUGUACCCUAAAGGUGCAUUUGGCUUCGAAUGUUCCUUGGAGAGAGCAAUCCAAGAGCUAAAGAACUACAAUGAUUUUGAUAUCCACCAACUAUUAUUGUCAUAUGGUGAUGUGGGCACAAAGGGUGCUCUAACAGAUGAGCAUGUUUUUGCAUCGGCAAAAUGUCAGGCUUUAGGGGAGCUUUUACCUUCUCUAGCAAAUGAUGGUCACAGAGUACUCAUAUUUAGUCAGUGGACCACAAUGCUUGAUAUCCUUGAAUGGGCACUGGAAGUAAUAGGAGUUACAUAUAGACGCCUUGAUGGAGGGACCGCUGUAGCAGAAAGGCAGACUAUAGUGGACACGUUCAACAACGAUCUUUCUAUAUUUGCGUGUUUACUUUCUACAAGAGCUGGAGGCCAGGGGCUGAACCUUGUAGGAGCUGACACAGUAAUUAUACAUGAUAUGGAUUUUAACCCCCAGAUGGAUCGGCAAGCCGAGGACCGUUGCCAUCGCAUUGGACAACAGAAACCUGUCACUAUCUAUAGGCUAGUGACAAAGGAGUCAGUUGAUGAAAAAAUCUAUGAGAUUGCAAGGCGGAAGCUAGUACUAGACGCCGCAAUUCUUCAUUCUGGAGCAGAGUUGGACAGUAGUACCGAUGUACCAGAGAAGACAAUGGGAGAGAUUUUGGCAUCUCUUCUCCUGGUCUGA